AUGCGGUACAUAUGUUUUAUAGUGAUUUGUGUUUUGUUAAGUGUAAAUUAUGUUCAUUUAAAAAGAUUUGAGACGAGAUGCAAACUCGUCCGUGAGUUAAUCAAAGUGGGAAUCCCACAGCAUUUAUUUCUAGGACAGUGGGUAUGCCUCAUCGAAAAAGUGAGCAAUAGAAACACCCAGGCAUUCGUUGUGACGCCUAGUGGCAAGAAAUUUUAUGGGUUGUAUCAGAUCCCAGCCAGAUGGUGCAGAGAAGGGAAAAAAGGGGGCGACUGCAAUAUAGCAUGCGAAUCGCUCCUCGACGAUGACAUUCGGGAUGACACAGUUUGCGCUGUAAAUAUAUUCCACAGAGAAGGAUUUAAAUACUGGGAUCAGUGGAACAAGCGAUGCAAGAAUGAUAACCACAUCACUAAUGAAAUUUACAAAUGCCCGGACUUAGUUACCCAAAGAAUGAGCCCAGAACGCGCAUUUCAGAGCGAAAUUCGGGUUAAAAAAGCUAUAGAAGCAUGGGAAAGUCAACAUUCUAGUGCCACUAAUGCC